GAUAGGGAUACCAUUUAACUCACUUAAUGAAGAAAUUAAGAACCAAGGAUAUGUUUAAACUGAAGCCAAAGUAGAUUUUACCAUAUUUUCACAGUAGUUUUACGUGUUAUCCACCAUAUUUUUAGAAGUUCAAAUGCACUGUAAAACUUUUACAGUGCUACGAAAUACUUCAGAGUUAAAUGCAGACGUAGGCUAUUUAUCCUAACUAAUUACUAUGCUAUAGAAACAUCUUAAAUGAACAGCCAGCAUACACAAGGUCCCUUGGUUAAGAAAGUGUGUCUUUACAUAUGAGAACAAUAAAUUUUGAAGGUUGUGAUUAGCAACAUUCCUAGACUCCACUUCCCCCCACCUCACUGCCACCACCACAGGACGUGUACAGGGUAACUAACAAACAUGACAAAAUUCAGUAAACAUUACACCUUAGACCCAGUAGUGCUGAAAGGAAGGUGAAAGCCACCACUCCCAGCAUAAAUUCCUGCCAGACGAGACCCUAAGAUUCACUUCUGUUAGAGGCCAUGUAGCAAACUGGGACAUACUUGGACAGAAAUCUGGAAAAACUGGAGCUGCGCCUGCCUUACUUGCUUGAAAUACUUGGUAUUCAAUGAGUUAGUCUGUGCAAGGGAUGGAGGAAACCUACAAUUUGCCUCAACCUAAUAAAUUCCCCAUUCCUCAAAAGGCUUAUUUUGCCUAUAACAUUUUCUGUUUCUUAAAUCCACUUGCACUUUCCUCUAAGCCUUUGAGCGAGAAGGAAGUUCCUCUUCCAUCUAUUGAAGUCCGCUCUGCAUUCUUUUCCUGUACCUUUGGUCAACCUCCAAUCCCCGCCUCGCCCUAUGUGUUUAAGACAAAAGUUAUUUUAACGAAUUUGCUGUGUGUAGAGCUUUUUACCCUCGUGAAAAUUAAACUACGAUUCCAUCUCUUGACCAUGUCUUAGCACUUUUUUUUAACUUUCGAAAGAAACGAGCAAUUUUUAAGUUUUCUGUGGCUACUUCCAAACUCAGCGUUUCUGGAAAUGUACAAGAGUUUGGAGGCUUUCCAGAUUUGUAAGACAGGGUAUGCAAAUCCUGUAUAAGUCACCAAUCUUGAGGAAACCUUAGGGAAAUGCAGUGGUGGGGCGGGAAUAAUCUCGGCCUCCUUAUUAGUAAACCUCCUUCCUCUUCAGGUGACUGCUCAAAGGUCACCUCAGCAAAGGGCCUUUCCGGGCUAUCUGCCGCCCUAACACUAGACUCGUGAGGUUCAAGAGACCAGAGUAAAUCACGGGCUCUCGCUGCUGCCUUGGUGGAGACUAUCUCCGAUAUUCCAGCACUAAAGGGCACAUUUGAGGCUCCCGUAAGCUAUGGGCAUCAAGUUAUCAGCAGAUGUCAAACCGUUUGUCCCCAGAUUUGCCGGGCUCAAUGUGGCAUGGUUAGAGUCCUCAGAAGCAUGUGUUUUCCCCAGCUCUGCAGCCACAUACUAUCCGUUUGUUCAGGAACCACCAGUGACCGAGCAGAAAAUAUACACUGAAGACAUGGCCUUUGGAGCUUCAACUUUUCCACCUCAGUAUAUAUCUUCUGAGAUAACUCUUCAUCCAUAUGCCUAUUCUCCUUAUACCCUUGACUCUACACAGAAUGUUUACUCAGUGCCUGGCUCCCACUAUCACUAUAACCAUCCCAGUUGUUACCGAGGUUUUCAAACCGUGAAGCAUGGAAAUGAGAACAUGUGCUCUCUACCGCAAGAAAUGAAAGCUCUGUUUAAGAAAAAAGCCUAUGAUGAGAAAAAAACAUAUGAUGAGCAAAAGUUUGACAGUAAAAGGGCUGAUGGAACUACAUCAUCUGAGAUAAAAUCAGCUAGAGGUUCACAUCAUUUGUCCAUUUAUGCUGAGAAUAGUUUGAAAUCAGAUGGUUACCAUAAGCGAACAGACAGGAAAUCGAAAAUCGUUGCAAAAAAUGUAUCUACCUCCAAACCUGAGUUUGAAUUUACCACAUUGGACUUUCCUGAACUGCAGGGUGCAGAAAACAAUAUGUCAGGGUUACAGAAGCAACCCAAGUGGGGGCCUGUCCACUCUGCCUCUACCAACACUUCUCUUCUAAGAGAAGUAGUAAAACCAGCCUCAGUGUUAUCAAAGGGUGAAAUGGUGAAAAACAAUAACCCAAAUGAAUCUGUAACUGCUAAUGCUGCUACCAGUUCUCCUUCAUGUACAAGAGAGUUAUCUUGGACACCAAUGGGUUAUGUUGUUCGACAGACAUUAUCUACAGAACUGUCACCAGCCCCUAAAAAUGUCACUUCUAUGAUAAACUUAAAGACCAUUGCUUCAUCAGCAGAUCCUAAAAAUGUUAGUAUACCAUCUUCUGCAGUUUUACCUUCGGAUCCUUCCUACAACAAAGAAAAACACAUUGUUCAUCCUACCAAAAAGUCUAAAGCAUCACAAGGUAGCGACCUUGAACAAAAUGAAGCCUCAAGAAAGAAUAAGAAAAAGAAAGAAAAGUCUGCAUCAAAAUAUGAAGUCCUGAGAGUUCAAGAGCCUCCAAGAAUUGAAGAUGCUGAGGAAUUUCCUAACCUGGCAGUUGCAUCUGAAAGAAGAGACAGAAUAGAGAGACCGAAAUUUCAAUCUAAACAGCAGCCACAGGAUAAUUUUAAAAAUAGUGUAAAGAAGAGCCAGCUUCCAGUGCAGUUGGAUUUGGGGGGCAUGCUGACAGCCCUGGAGAAGAAGCAGCACUCUCAGCAUGCAAAGCAGUCCUCCAAACCAGUGGUGGUAUCAGUUGGAGCAGUGCCAGUCCUUUCCAAAGAAUGUGCGUCAGGGGAGAGAGGUCGCCGUGUGAGUCAAGUGAAGACCCCGCACAAUCCCUUGGACUCCAGCGCCCCCCUGAUAAAGAAAGGGAAGCAGAGGGAGAUCCCCAAGGCCAAGAAGCCAACCUCACUGAAGAAGAUUAUUUUGAAAGAACGGCAAGAGAGAAAGCAGCAGCGUCUCCAAGAAAAUGCUGUAAGUCCAGUUUUUGCCAGUGAUGACACACAAGAUGGAGAGAGUGGUGGUGACGACCAGGUUCCAGAGCAGGCAGAGGCCUCAGGGCCAGAGGGGACAGACGAACCGAUCUCCACUCCUGCGGUUGAGGGCAAGUCAGAGGAGCCACCAGGCACAGAACUCCAGAGGGACACAGAAGCCUCCCACCUUGCUCCCUAUCACGCCACCUUCCCUAAGAUCCACAGCCGCAGAUUCAGGGAUUACUGCAGCCAGAUGCUUUGUAAAGAAGUGGAUGCUUGUGUUACCGACCUACUCAAAGAAUUGGUCCGUUUCCAAGACCGUAUGUACCAGAAAGAUCCAGUCAAGGCCAGGACUAAACGGCGACUCGUGUUAGGGUUGAGGGAAGUUCUCAAACACCUGAAGCUCAAAAAACUGAAAUGUGUCAUUAUUUCUCCCAAUUGUGAGAAGAUACAGUCGAAAGGUGGGCUGGAUGACACGUUGCACACAAUUAUUGAUUACGCCUGUGAGCAGAACAUUCCCUUUGUGUUUGCUCUCAACCGCAAAGCUCUGGGGCGCAGUUUGAACAAGGCAGUUCCUGUCAGCGUGGUGGGGAUCUUCAGCUACGAUGGGGCCCAGGAUCAGUUCCACAAGAUGGUUGAGCUGACAAUGGCGGCCCGACAGGCAUACAAGACCAUGCUGGAGAAUGUGCAGCAGGAGCUGGCGGGAGAGCCCAGGCCUCAGGCACCUCUCAGCCCACCCACACAGGACCCCAGCUGCCCUGCAGAAGACGGCCCCCCAGCCCUGACAGAAAAAGAAGAGCCACACUACAUUGAAAUCUGGAAAAAACAUCUGGAAGCAUACAGUCGAUGUGCCCUGGAGCUAGAAGAAUCCUUGGAGGCUUCAACCUCUCAAAUGAUGAAUAUGAAUUUAUGAGAGUUUUUGCCUUGUCUGUAUUUUGGGUAAGGAGGGGAGGUCUGAAAAAUACUUUGAGGCUUUUUCUUCUCAGUUUUUCAUGACAACAUAAUUUGUGUAACUGUUAAAUCUGGAAAUUGAUCAGCAUUAAAGGAUACAUGAAGUGGUGUCUGCAGGCCUUGAAUGCUGCAGAGCCUGUCAAAGGUCGCUCAGAUGCACAGGUGGUAAUCUUCUCUAAAAAGCCUGGUGAUACAGCCCUGGCUUUCUGAGCACACUGUGGAUCUGGCAAAUACUGGAAAAUGUGAUAUUUAGAAUACUUUGGCUGCUAAAGAAACUUCCUCUCCAUUGUGGAAUAACUGAGCCAAGUGAGUGAGUUUGUGGAAAGCAGGUGCCAAGCUCCUGCCUGCUGGAGGUGGUCAUAGAGGGCCAUUCCCACCCGGCAACAGCACCAUCCUACAGGGAGCUACUUGGCAGAGGGAUGCAGGGCUGCUGGCAUCAGAGCAAGAGGGCUAUGGGAAAGAGCCCUUUCUCAGGGGAUGUAGCUUUUUUUAACGAUUUGGGGACACUUGGGGGAUUUGCUAAAAUGAGCCUCAGAAGGAAAAUUGUUUUUCUAACCUGUGACUUUUUGACAUGAAUUAUUCCUUUGUCUUUAUUUUUCAAGGAAACAAUGUGUAUUAAAGUACCUAGAUUUGUUUGAUAAUCAACAAAUCUUUCCUUUAAAUGAGCAUAUUCUGAACGUGGUUUCUGUCUUAGAGGCCAGGAGGACAGAGUUUACUUUCAUAUUUUCCCUGUAAGUAAGAGGGCUUAUUUAUUUUAAAUAAAGAGUAAUUAUUACA